UCCACACUGCCUCAGUCAUGAUCCACACUAGUCGGAGGAGGCAUCGAGGUGAAUGAAGCGCGGCCCGCCGCCGAGCUCCUUCUGACCGGCUGCUGCAGGACCAGAAGGGGGGGAAAAAACUAUCGCGAAAGCAAUAUUUUUUAUUUUUUACAUGUCAAACAUUUCUUUAGAAGUGACAUUUUCUGCUCACCGAAGUGGGAGGACGCUUCCAAUUAGUAAUGCUGAAAUAUGAGCGAACGGAACCGGGGCGGGUGAGUGCACAUGGGAGCGGACCGCGCGCCUUCUCCGCGCUCUAAAAGGAAGAGGAGAAAAAAGAAGAGAGGAUUUACCCGGACCUGGAUUCGGCCAAGUGGGAUCCUUGGUUCCGAACAACGCUCUGCACACCCACCAUGCAAACCAACCUCCAUGGAUAAAUAGGCGAGGAGAGGGAGGGAGAGAGAGGGGUGGGGGGGGGGGGGCGCUUCAAUUUAAAUUAAACCUCUCAUCGGAGGACCUCGAAGUCCAGCAAGUGUCGGUUCCCCGAGGUCAACAUGUUGCGGUGGUCUUUGACAGCUUUCAGUCUGUCGUGGACUUUGUUCUUCUGCUCCGUGAGCCGAGCUCGUGCACAAGAAAGACAGGGUUAUUUGGUCGCCGCCCCCUCGGUGUUCCGGGCCGGCGUUGUGGAGAGCGUGAGCGUGACCAUCUUCAACGCGCGGGCGGAGACGCGCGUCCAGGCGCAGCUGACGGCAAAGGGACAGGCGGUCGCCCACGGCCACGUCUCGGUGCUCGAUAAAGGCACCAUCAAGCUAAAGGUUCCUUCCGGGCUGAGAGGCCAGGCCCAGCUGAAGGUGUGGGGGAACCGUCACCUCACCGAGGGAGGCUACAUCUUCCACAACCACACCACCGUCACAGUGGAGAGCAAGGGCACGGCCGUCUUCAUCCAGACGGACAAGCCCGUCUACAAACCCAAACACAAAGUGUUCAUCAACGUGUUCACAGUCGGUCCUGAUCUGAGGCCAGUAAAUGACAAGAUCGAGGCGUAUGUUUUGGAUCCAAGAGGAUCCCGGAUGGUCCAGUGGAAAAGUCUAACAUCCAUCUGCUGUGGCGUCGUCAACAUGAGCUUCCCUCUGUCUGACCAGCCUGUGUUUGGAGAGUGGUUUAUCUUUGUGGAGGAGCAGGGCCACACCUAUAACAAGUCCUUUCAAGUGCAGAAAUAUGUGAUGCCCAAGUUUGAGUUGGUGAUUGAUCCACCGCGCUACAUUCGCGAUCUGAGCUCGUGCGAGCAAGCUUCUGUCAGGGCCAAGUACACCUUUGGGAAGCCAGUGACGGGGAAGUUGACAGUGAAUAUGACGGUGAAUGGAGUGGGCUACUACCGUCAUGAGAUGGGCCAUCCUGUGAUUAAAACCAUGGAGAUCGAAGGCUCCGCAAACUUCAGCCUGUGCGUCAAAGACAUGAUGCCCUUGGACGUGGCCGAUCACUUCAGGGGCACCGUGAGCAUUUGGGCGUCAGUGAGCAGCAUAGACGGGAGCAGGCAAACCACCUUCGACGAUUCAACACCCGUCCAUAAGCAGCUCAUCGACAUCAAGUACUCAAAGGACACGCGCAAACAGUUCAAGCCUGGUCUGCCUUACAAAGGCAAGAUCGAGGUGACCUACCCCGACGGGAGCCCAGCUGACGGGGUGAGGGUGCGUGUCAAGGCAGAGCUGACCCCCAAGGACAACGUCUACACCAGCGAGCUGAUCUCCAAGAGCGGCCAGGCCACCUUUGAGAUCCCCUCCAUCCCCACGGCGGCCCAGUAUGUCUGGCUGGAGACCAAGGUGGUGUCCAUUGACGGCAAGACAGUAGGAGACCAGUACCUGCCCAGCUACCUGUCGAUCAGUAGCUGGUACUCUCCCAGCAGGUGUCAUAUCCAGAUUCAGAGCCUCAGUGCUCCACUCAAGGUCGGCCAGGACGCAGAAGUUGCGUUGAAAUCCACCUGUCCAUGUAACUUCACGUUGCACUACGAGGUGGCAUCGAGGGGCAACAUCGUCCUAUCAGGCCAACAGCCGGCCAACCUGACAGCCUCGCACCGGGGCAAAAGAGCCACGGUCACCUUUGACAAGAACAUCCACACCACCCAGCCGCCUCCUUCUGCAUCUGAUGCUGCCGACUCCACCUCCUCCCAGGCCGAGAUGGACAGCUGCGUGUCGUAUCUGCGUUUUCCUGUUAGCCACAGCAUGGCACCCCUCAGCCGUCUGCUGGUCUACUACGUGAGGGAAAACGGCGAGGGCGUAACGGACAGUCUGCAGAUCCCGAUCCAAGCCGAUUUUGAGAACCAGGUGUCCGUCUCUCUGUCGGCCAACGAGUCGAUGCCAGGAGACCCGGUGACCCUGCGCGUCCGUGCAGAAAAGGGCUCCUGCGUUUGUGUGGCCACUGUGGACAAGAGCCUUUAUCUAUUAAAGCCUGACUUCCAGCUCAGCCCGGACAAGGUGUUCAAAGAGCUGGCCGAGUUUGACGUCUCAGAUGCCUUCGGCAUUCCCAAAGACGAAGGACACUUCUGGUGGCACGGGCUGUCCUCAAAGAGACGCAGGCGCUCCUCCGUGUUCCCGUGGCACUGGGACAUCACCAAGGACGCGCGCUUUGCUUUUUCCGAAACGGGGCUGGUUGUGAUGACGGACAUGGUGAGUUUAAACCACCGGCAGAGCGGAGGCAUGUACACAGACGAGGCCGUUCCCGCCUUCCAGCCGCACACCUCCACCUUGGUGACCGCUGUGCACUCUCAACCCCCACCCAGAGCAGAGAAGCGUAGACGCACAUUUUUCCCAGAGACUUGGGUGUGGCGCUGCCUCAACAUCAGCUCCGAGACCGGCGAGGCCGAGCUGCGAUUGGAUGCGCCGGAUUCGAUCACCACUUGGGUGACGGAGGCUGUCGGCAUGUCGGAGGAAAAGGGGCUGGGCUUAGCGGAGAAGGCAGAGCUGCGUACCUUCAAGCCCUUCUUUGUGGAUUUCACCUUGCCCUACAGCUUAAUCCGAGGGGAGCAGGUCAAGGUUCCCCUCACCGUCUACAACUACCUGCCGACCUGUUCCGAGGUUCAUGUCAAAGUCUCUGUUCCGAAAGGCAUAAAGUUCAUCGGCCACCCCGGAAAGCACCACCUUACCAGGAAGAAGUGCGUGGCUCCCGGAGAGGCCACACCCACGUCCAUCGUGCUGUCCUUCACGGAACUGGGCUCCGCAAACAUCACAGCUCGCGCUAUCGCCUACAGCGAACCGAGCUGCUGUUCAGAUGCCCUGCAGACGGGUAAAACCAGUAACGACGUGGAUGACAGAAGAACCCCAAUUGGCCUGGAUUACGUUCGCAGGACUGUCCAGGUGGAGCCAGAAGGCCUUCCCAGAGAAUACACCUACAGCGUCUUCUUCUGUCCCAAUGAGAGAAUCCACAUUUCCACCCCCAACAAGUACGAGUACCAGUACGUGAAGAAGCCGGCUAAGAUGAACCAGUUCCAAGUGGCGGUGAAGACCCACAACGAUGCACACUUUGCCCUCUCCGCCAGCCCCCACGACAGUGCAGAAAUGCUGGAGAUUGUUCUCGGGGGGAGGCAAAACACACGCUCUUGGAUCUCCUCGGGCAAGAUGGGCGAGCCGCUGGUCAGCGCCGCCACACCAGGCGUCCUCUCCUGGGACGAGUUCCGCAGCUUCUGGAUCAGCUGGAGGGGAGGCGUGGUCAAGGUGGGCCACGGUUUACAUCCAUCCAAUGAAUCCGUGAUCCUCCAGUGGACAGGCCAAUUCUCUGGACAGGUGCGUCACAUAGGCUUCUCCACAGGCUGGGGAUCAGUUGGGGAGUUUAAGAUCUGGAGGAAGGAGGACUCGGAUGAGAAUCACAACGAGGCCUUCACGCUGGGGGUCCCUCACAACACGGUGCCUGGAUCCGAGAGAGCCACCGCAUUUAUGAUCGGGGACGUGAUGGGGCCAACUCUGAAUAACCUGGACAAGCUGUUGCGUCUGCCCUUUGGAUGUGGGGAGCAGAACAUGAUCCACUUUGCCCCGAACGUCUUUGUUCUCAAGUAUCUGCAGAAGACCAGGCAGCUCAGCCCUGCCGUCGAGAAUGAAGCAACCGACUACCUGCUGCAAGGCUACCAGAGACAGCUGACCUACAAACGUCAGGACGGAUCCUACAGUGCCUUUGGAGAAAGGGAUUCCUCCGGCAGUAUGUGGUUGACGGCGUUUGUGCUGAAGUCUUUCGCUCAGUCUCGGGGUUUCAUCUUCAUCGACCCCGAAGAGCUUCGCGCCGCCAAGUCCUGGCUCGUCAAACACCAGCGGGCCGAUGGCUCCUUCCCCGCCAUGGGGCGCAUCCUCAACAAAGACCUGCAGGGAGGGAUCCAUGGGAAGAUCUCCCUCACGGCGUACGUGGUAGCAGCUCUCUUGGAGACUGGCGUAGCCACAGAGGAAGAGAAGGUGGCGGUGGCCAAAGCCAGGGACUUCCUGGAGAGCAACACGUACUCUGCGGAUGACCCGUACACCACGGCCCUGUCGGCGUACGCCAUGGCUCUGCUCCGCAGCCCCUACGCCCCGCUGGCCCUGCGCCGCCUCAACCACAUGGCCAUCACGCAAGACGGACUCACUCACUGGAGUCUGACUGGCAGCACUAUGACACGCGAGGACACCUUCAUGGGCUUCAGCGAUGGCCUCUCUCAGUCAGUGGUGUCAGCAGAGGUGGAGAUGACAGCAUACGGCCUUCUGACCUACACCCUCCUGGGGGAUGUGGCUUCUGCCCUGCCUGUCGUCAAAUGGCUCUCCCAGCAGAGGAAUGCCCUGGGGGGCUUCUCCUCCACACAGGACACAUGUGUGGCUCUGCAGGCUCUGUCAGAGUACGCCAUCCUGUCCUACGUCGGCGGGGUCAACCUCACGAUCUCUCUGGCCUCCACCAAUCUUGACUUCCAGGAGGCCUUUGAACUCAACAGGGACAACCAGAAACUCCUUCAGAGUGCCAAGAUCCCCAGUAUCCCCACAGGCCUCUUUGUCAGCGCCAAAGGAGAGGGCUGCUGUCUCAUGCAGAUCGAUGUGUCUUACAACCUGCCCGACCCAGUGUCCAAGCCAGCCUUCCAGCUCAAGGUUGACCUGAAGGAGCCUUUUCAGGAGAGACACCUGCAGCCCCCCUCCUCCUCCUCCUCCUCCUCCUCGUCUUCCCGUCAUCCUACCGCGCGCUCCCGUAGCCGCGCUGACAACCGCUCCGAGCUUAACCGGAAGAGGCGGGCGCCCAUCGACGACGACGACCCGGCCGCCCACCAGGACAAGAUGGACUUCCACAUCUCCUUAGAAGUUUGUGCCAGGUGGCUGCACUCGGGAUCGUCCAACAUGGCCGUCAUAGAUGUUCCCAUGAUUUCCGGUUUCCGGGCAGAUGUUGAAAGUCUAGAGAGGCUGCUGAUGGACAAGCGAGUGGGUCUGAAGAGAUAUGAGCUGAGCGGAAGAAAAGUGUUGUUCUACUUUGACGAGAUCCCCAGCCAGUGUAUGACAUGUGUGGCCUUUCAAGCAGUUAGGGAGUUCAUCGUGGGCAAGACAGCACCUGUUCCAGUCAAGGUCUAUGACUACUACGAACCAGCCUUUGAGGCGACCCGCUUCUACAACGUUAGCGAGAGCAGCCCGCUGGCGCGGGAGCUGUGCGACGGACCCACCUGCAAUGAGGUGGAAAGUUCAACCAAUCAGUGGACAGGUUUCGUGCAGGCGACCCAGUGCAACAGUGUGUUUGGCUGCCUGGAGGAGGAGCAGUUUGAACGGUGCACUUGCCACAGGGACUGCGGUUACGACGGGGAACCGGUGUGCGGGUCCGACGGACAGCUCUACCAGAACCAGUGUCAGAUGGAGGUGUUCGCCUGUCGGAACGGGACGCGCAUCAAGCAGGUUCCGCUGACCCAGUGUCCUCACAUGGAGACCAGGGUGGAGGACAGGCAACUAAUAGCGAACCAGGAGACUGAGCAGCCCUCAGCGCCUGUACACACAGGUGAAGAGGAGCAGGGGUCCAUGGCAGAGGUGUCCUACUACUCCUACGAAUACGACCCCGAUGCAGAGCCUUUCCUCGCUGAUGCGGAGGGAAGGGACAUUUUCCACGUCCCUGAAGGCGGGGACGUCGUCCAGCAGAAGGUGCUUCUGCGAGCAGACACCCAGCUCCCCACUCCGGACGCCAAAAACACCCCAGAGCGAUGAGUGAAGCCACACCCACCUCCAAAUUGUACAUUACUUGUGAAUAUGCUAGUGAACGGAAAGAGAAGAGAGACCCGGAGGUCGACAAGUUGGGAGUCUGGAGAGUGAGCGAGUGCGUGCUUUUGGCCGUUAGAGGUUUUGAAUGUGGACUGUGUGGGUGCAUUUCUGCGUUUGUGUGUGUGUAACUGGAUGCGAGUGUGUACGACUGCUACCAAGGUAGUGUCCUCCAGACUGUUGUUGUUCUUCCUGCAGACUCCUGGUCACCAAUAGGCACCAUAGCGUCUUUGUUAUUCACUGUCCUGCCUUUAUAAUCACUAGAAGAAAUAAUCAAGUAUUUAUGUUUGUAAUUACACCUGACUUUAAGCAAAAUAUUUUGUUAUAUUUUCUAUCUGUGGUAUUUAUUUGUAGCUAGAGGUCAUAUCAUUUUUAUUUUUAUUUUUUUGUCAUUGCCUGCCCAUACAAUCUACGUACAAUCUAUGUGCUGUCAAAGGCAUUUUUUUUUCUCUCUCUCAUAGCAAGCUUUAACCCAAUUAUUGAAAUGUUGGAUGAAAUUCCUGUGCCGUUAUCCUGCUGGAAAAAAAAAAAAAAAAAAACACAUGCUAACCAUAUGCUUUACAGAAACAUAAGCUCAACUAUUUUUCAUCAAAUCAAGCAACUCUGCACAGGAGAGGUGGACAGGAAACCAAGAAAGAGACGGCGACUGAGGUGUAACCACGAGGACGCGCCGACUCAAACUGUGGCACCGAGACCCCGAAAUCAUCUACUCUCAAGUCGCCUUUCACCUUACCUGCCUUGAGAUUUGAUUGUACAGUUCAUAAGCUAUUUUGUUUUCGUUCUAAUUUGAUUUGUGAAGCAAUCAACUUAAAAAAGAAUGAAGUUGUACAUUUCUGUAAAUGUACCAAAUUUGAUUCAGUGUAGCCCCGAUUCAUAUCAAAACCUGUGCUUUUUAAAACAAACCAGAUUAAAACUUCUAUAAAAUCCAA